UGGCGUCAGCACUUGUUCAGUCCCGCUCUCAUCGCAUCGUCAUCGUUGCUCCACUGGCUUCAUGCGGAUUUCACUUCGGGACGGACGGAUUUAGUGAAACAGUUUGUAGUUGUUGUUGUUGUGCUCUAUUUUGGUAGCUGAGUGAGUGGGGAUAUCGUUUGUGAGGAGCGAUUGCAGUGUUUGCAGACAGAGAUUUGUUUUGCUGUGAGAAUCGUUGAAAGUUCUGGGUUACCAUGAGCCAGGCGGAGGAGCCGAAGCCGCAGCAGAGCGUGAAAUCUGAGCAAGCGGCGCCGCAGGCAUCGACUUCAUGCCGCAAGAAGAAGUCGGAGAAUUCGACCUUCUUUGGAGACGUCCUUGACCAUAUCGAUGAAUUUGUGCAUGCGUCGUACGAUGAGCACAAGACUUGCUUGGAGAAAACGCUUCACAAGAUGUUUGGUAUGUCGAAGGCGGUGUCUAACGAAGCACGACCUACAAGUGCGACGAAUCCCGUGGAAAACGUGAUGUCUAGACCCGCGACUACUGACUAGAUAUUCUGAAGAACCUGAUGGGACAGAUCGUUGUUAGGAUUGAGAAAGAGGUAUCCAAAUGUGCUACUAAAGAGAUCGGCACUCGGAUUAGAACAGAGAUGUAGUAGUUCAGUGGAUUUGCCGUUAUGUCCUUUCUUACAAUAAGAAACUGUUAUAAAAGAACCUGUCAGUAUUCUGUGUAAUAUUGACAGUUAGCGAAUUUCAUAUCGAUUUUAUGAAGGUGAAUUAGAGGAGGUAUGGGGUUGAACAACUUCAUUUUAACAGGUAGGCUUAGCCACUCUCUUUAUUUUCAGGUAAGCCAAGUCUUAGGCCACAAGCAACAUGCUAGCAAAUAUUUUCUGCUGAGCUGAAAUGUGAUUUGGAAGGGAAAUUCGAGUCCUAGUAGUACUGGGAGGUCACGGGGACCACCUAUGCAUGUCUUGCCUUUUGUGCUUUCUUUUGAAGUUAUGAUUCAAUGUAUUAUAAGAAAAGUGAUGGGUUAUAGAU